AUGAAUGGAAGUGACUACAGACAGUCGCUGUCUGACGCACCGCGCUUCGACGCCACAGAAACCAGAUUCAGUGCAUGGACGCCUGUAACAAAUAAAGCAUGCAACCAACAGCUUUUUCAGGAAAGAACAGCUCUCAUCCUCCAUUGGUUUGACCUGUGGACGGACCGACAAAGAAAAGAAUUUAUUUGUCAGCUGCUGAAAAGAUGCUCCAAAAUCCAGCUCAAGUACACCAGGGAUUGUUUGGCGGAAUCGGUCCCCAUCACUCGAAUGGACUUCACAGCUGUGCUGCCCCGCUUUCUGUCUCUCUACAUCAUGUCCUUCCUCAGUCCUCGAGACAUCUGCUCUGCAGCACAGGUGUGCUGGCAUUGGAAGUUUCUGGCAGAGCAGGACUGUCUGUGGUCUCCGAAGUGUAUCCGUCUGGGCUGGUUUCUUCCCUACAGCCCAUCAGAUCAUGAGUAUGGGGCAUGGAAAAGACAUUAUGUGGCUUGUACUGACAGUUUAGAUAUUCUAACUCCACGGGAAGCAGCAGGUGUCUAUGGUACCUUGAAUGAGAGUUUGACAGCAUCAGAGGAGCAGCAGGAUAGAUGGAGAGAACACAACAUAAGACAAACUAUCAGACAGUGUUGA